UUCAUCAAGAGAUGAACCAUUACUGAAUCCAACAAUGUCUCUUGAACCAAGAAAGCACAAUUUACAUGAGGAACCAAUGCUGAGGUUGAAAGCUGUGGAUCACAGAAAACACGAUGACGCAUCUUCACCUUCAGUGGCAAUGAAGGCAGAGGGAUGUGGCAUCUCAGUGAAUGGCAUUUUAGACCUAUCAAACAGAAACUUGUCUGAGAAGGAAUUGAGAGCGAAAAUGGAAUCUGGGCCUUACCGGGCUACACUGGACAAAAUCCAGGAACUUAAUGCUAGCCACAAUGGCCUGAAAACCGAUCUCAUCACCCUAAUUUUACUGUUCCUCAAUAUGAGGAAUGUGCGUGCUAUUGAUUUGAGUUGUAAUAGUUUAACAUUCAAUGGUGUGUGUUCAGAAGAGAUCCAGAAUCUGGAAGAAAGCAAGCUGAUAUUUUUAAACCUCAGCCACAAUCCUUUGAAAACUUUAAGUAACCUGUGUCUCCCUCAAAGCCUCAAAGGGAUUGAUUUAUCUUUCACCCAAAUUGACAGGAUACCACAAGAGUUUGCCAUACUUUUUACAAACAUGGAACAGAUUUAUCUCCAAGGAAACCAGUUUAUAUACACUCCAAAAACACUUAAAUUUGCAUUAACUGGUGGUGUGCACACCUCAUCUGUUUCAUUUGUUGAUUUUCCAAAACACAGUCCCAUUGAAAGCCUCCCCUACAAAGUCACGCAUCUAGUAUUGUCGAACUGUUCCAUCGUGGAACUUCCAGAAUGGUUUAUGAAGAAAAUGGGCCAACUUUUAUUCCUGGACCUCAGCAAUAAUCCCAUGAAUUCAUUCCCAGGUCUGCCAACGACUUUGCAACGCCUGGAAUUAAGCAAUAGUAACAUCAAAGCUAUGGCAAACCUUAAAACCAUUUCCAAUUUGACAGUAGUCAACAUUCCAAACAACAAAAUAGAAGAUAUUUCCCCAAAGCAUCUUCCCUACCCAGUAGAAGAAUUGGAUAUUAGUAAAAAUAAAAUACUUCGGAUGCCUUUCCUUGGUGCGCACCCAAAAUUAAGAACUUUGAACAUUUCUGGAAAUGCCAUAAUGCAGCUGAAUGUCAACACAUCUCACCCUUCACUCAACAACUUAGAUGCAAGCCAUAAUUUAAUCACAGAGUUACAUGACGAGACAGGGACAUUUCUGCCAGAAUUGAAAUUUCUGAAUUUGUCAGGAAACAAGAUCUCCUUCUUGCAGCCAGGCUCGCUGCCUGAAUCUUUGCUUGAGUUGGACAUAAGCAACAACGCCAUUACUAUCAUCCUGGAGGAGACUUUUGGCCGUUUGAGAAACCUGAGGGUUUUGACAGCUCAAGGGAAGCAUUUUUUCUGUAACUGUGACUUGUAUUGGUUUGCCAACACAUACCUUGCUAGCCCACAUGUACAGAUACAUGGACAAGAGGCCCUGAAGUGCGGUUUCCCUCUCCAAAAGCGGGGUCUUUUGGUUGAAAACAGCAACCUGACAAUUCUCUACUGUUCUCUUGGCCUUCAAAUGGGGAUUACUGCAAUUGUGGCAGCUUUGUUUAUGACUGUUAUCACUGUCCUCUGUUGGCGUUUCCAUGGGCCCUGGUACAUUAAGAUGGGCUGGUACUGGUGCAUGGCUAAGAGGAAACAGUACCAGAAAGGAUAUGAAGACAAAUUGUAUGACACCUUUGUUUCGUACAGUGAAAAUGAUGCACCCUGGACAAAAGAGAUCCUACUGAAAAACCUGGAAGCCAAUAAUUAUAGAGUAUGUUACCAUGAGAGGGACUUCCUUCCAGGCCACCCGGUCCUUGGGAACAUUUUCCAUUGCAUUGAGAACAGCCAUAAAGUCCUUUUUGUGUUGUCGCCUAGCUUUGUCAACAGUUGCUGGUGCCAGUAUGAACUCUACUUUGCUGAACAUCGGGUCCUGAAUGAAAACCAAGAUUCUCUCAUUAUGAUAGUGCUGGAGGACCUCCCUCCCAACAGCAUUCCUCAGAAAUUCAGUAAGCUUCGAAAGCUAUUGAAAAGGAAAACCUAUUUGAAGUGGAGCUCGGAGGAACACAAACAAAAACUCUUCUGGUGCCAGUUGAACAAUGUCCUGAAAACAACCAAUGAGCCCAUGGUGCUGAAUGAAACAAUCGAGCUGCAUUAAAUCAUGGAUGACAUGCAGUUGAAAUUGUGACUCUAUUCAUAAGGUGUCUCUUGCUUCUUGUUCUUUGUUUUUCAUGGUCUGUUUUGGGUUUC